UAAAACAAAUGUAAAUAUAAAUGCUUGUCAACGAUGUGUUGUCGAAAAACAUAAGAAACACAACAUGACAUGCAUAUUUUGGCUGACUCUUGAAUGGCAGGUUUUUAUUAACGCAUAGGCAGGAUUUGCACAACAAAGUUCCUUGAGGCAACACCCACGUCAAUUCAAGAGGCCGCGUGUGAUCCCCGGCGCAGAGUGAGAGUCGCCGCGGUGAUGUGUUGAGAGGGGGCUGGGGGGUGUGUUUGUAUUUCUCGCUGCCGUUCUGUAGUAUGAAGCGAAGCAGAUGCAGCGUUAGGGCUGCGAGUUCAGAGCGGGAUUUCAUCACACAGACUGGGUCAUGCUGGGGGAGAUCAUACAGGGGAGCGAGGGGGGAGGGCUGGUCGUCAUUAAAGACAGUGCUGAAUGUGACGGCCGAAGCCUGCUGAAGGGAUUCAUCAAGGCUGCAGUGCUGCGUAAUGAGCCGGUCCAUGUUUUGGGGUUUGAAGUUUCGGAAGAUGAACUCUGCACCGGAUUGGACAGUGGUCCAGCAUCGAGGCUGGUGUUUCAUGAUGGGUACUCUGAUCCAUUGCAGUGGCUGGGACAGGGAAAGCUCUCAGUGCAAGACUACAGCGCUCAGAACAUGAGGAACCGAAUCAGCCAAUCGGAUGACCCCAAGGUUGUAACAUUGGUCAUUGAUUCGCUGAGCUGGCUGUUACUCCACACCCCACCCACUGCAGUCUGCCAAUCACUGCAGGAGCUGAGCAGGGGAGGCUUGAAAGUGAAGCGUGUCGUCGCACUGUUGCAUUCUGACCUCCAUGAGCAGGGGGUUGUGGGUAGCGUAUGUCACAUGGCCACUGCGGUUGUCACAGUGACCCCUGUGUCUGGGAGUGUGAGUGCGGAGGCGGAGCCAAAUGGUAUAGUGAAGACGCUGCUGCGCCGAAAAACUGGCAGAGUGUCUCGAGAGGAGGAGUGCUACAGCGUCCGGGAGGAUUUCUCAGUGCAGAUUCUCAGGGACCUGAGCACCAGGAAGCAGCCUACCCCAGACAGCAGGGGGGAGACCAAGCAGGAUGACCCUGCGGCCAACUUGACCUUUAACCUCCGCCUGUCGGAGGGCGAGCGCCGUGCGAGAGAGAACCUGUCUCUACCGUUCACCUUCAGCGAGGAGAAGAAGUCGUCACUGCUGCAGCCUCGCUCUGGCGGGGGCAGAAUCCUGUACGAACCGGACGCCAGCGACGACUUCGACCAAGAGGACCCCGACGACGAUUUAGACAUCUAGAGAUCUGCCUGAUUCAAACUCUUUUUAGUUAUAGUUUGUGAAAGAAGUUCUGAUGAAGGGAGAAGGACAGUAGCCUUGGCUAUAGUCAGCACCAUGAGAGAUUCCACUAACACAGAGAGAGAGAGACAGACAGACAGACCUGAACACCCCCUGCCAGCCUGCCUGCCAAUCAGUCCUGGGCCUAUCUCAAGCAGAGACUGAUAAAUGUGUCUGUCUAGGGGCUGAAACCACUAACCGCCCAUCUGUGACCUGAUCAUAUUGGAACCCAGACCUCCAGAGAAAGGUGAAAGGCAGGAACGAGAGGCUAGUGAAUUAGCCCGCUGUCUGUCUGUCUGUCUGUCUGUCUGUGCCACCUCGCGCCCCAGAUUGGAACCCAGGCCUGCAGAAACGAAAGACGUGAAUGAGAGGCUAGUGAAUUAGCAUCCACCGUAAUACUUUUCAGAACGGAGGAGAAUACUUACUGGACCAUGAGUUCUGUAUAUAUUUUGAAUAAAUUCAUUCUAAACCCUGGA